AAAAAUGAAAGGUGGAACAAGUUUAUUCGUCCUAUUCUUCCUCUUAGCUGUCAAUUUAUCCUUAGUUUCUGAAGUCAAUUCUCUUAUUGGACCUCCUUGGACUUGGCCGUAUCGACCAUAUCGACCUUACCGACAUUGGCGUUCACCUGUUAAUGACGGAACAAUUCCUAUCAGUUCCUAUUAA